AUGGACCCCUCCAUGCGCGACGAGCCUCCUCAGGCGACAUUCACUGCACCACCACCACCACCACCCGCACCCAAUCCCAACGAUCUAACCAAUAGUCUGAAUCAUUUGACAAUUGCUUCUGCGGCCGCGACUCCUCUUCCAGCCUCUCCAUCCCCAUCUUCGUUACUGUCGCCUCCAGAUGUCCCCGCGCGUUCUUCUGUUGAUCUGGCGCAUCCUGCACCGCGCCGAACUGACAGUUCCAAUUCUCUAAGAGAUGAACGAGAUGAACGACGGAAAUCCACCUCCAGCCUGAAGAAGCGAUCAUCGACCGCGUCGCUCCGAUCUGCCCACAAUAGUGCCGGCGCAAAUUCGCCUCGUCCCAGUCUAUCGCGACGCUCUUCAUCCUCCAACUUCACGACUUCCCCCACUUCCACAUCAAAUAUGCCGUCCAAAAGACCCCAGGAGCAAGCUGCGCCCACCGCCGCCUCUGUUGCCGCUGAUUUCUUCCAACGAGAAGUCGACUUACACCAAUCCACCGACCUACGUUCUAAAGUCGCGGUAAUCGUUCAUGACGCAUGCUACGGCCAUCGUUUCUCGCGGCCACGAACAUCGAAGACCGCCCUAAGUUACAUCGUCGAACGGCCCGAGAGGAUACAAGCCUGCGUUGUGGGAAUAUCCGCAGCUUAUGUCCUCAUGGCCGGCCGCCAUGCAGGGAAACGCUUUGCGCCUCAUCCUGACCUAGAUCUACAUCAGCUCCCCGCGCCGCCGUUCCAAAUCCGCAAGACGUUGCGGACUCUGCCUAUCACUUCUGCGGCUGUUACUCAUGUCCACGGGACCAAGUGGAUGGACGAACUGAAAACCAUGUGUGAUGCGGCAGAAUCAAGACUUGCUCUGAAUGGCAAAGAGUUGGUUCGGCCGCGCAGCUCGGGAAAGGACGGCGAAUCUGCCAAAAAAGCUCCGCUCAAUGACGGCGACCUUUACCUUUGCUCCGAAUCCUUGAAUGCCUUUGAGGGUGCGCUCGGCGGAGUCUGUGAAGGCGUCGAUGUCGUCUUCAACUCCAACACUACCAAAAGAGCCUUUGUUUGUAUUCGGCCCCCUGGCCACCAUUGCUCUACCUCUCAUCCGUCCGGAUUCUGCUGGAUCAACAAUGUACAUGUGGGAAUAACCUAUGCUGCCAUGACCCACGGCCUGACCCAUGCCGCUAUCCUGGACUUCGACUUGCAUCAUGGCGACGGUUCGCAAGAUAUUGCAUGGGAACAGAAUCAGAAAGCCGUGUCAGCGGUCUGGAAUGCGGCCAAUCACAAGAAAACGAGGGUUGGCUACUUCAGCUUGCAUGACAUAAACUCAUUCCCUUGCGAAUAUGGUGAUUUUGAGAAGGUGCGGAACGCUAGUGUGUGUAUUGAUAAAGCCCACGGUCAGUCGAUUUGGAAUAUCCACUUGGAGACGUGGAAGUCCGAUGCGGAGUUCUGGGAAAUCUAUGCCGCCAAAUACACCGUACUGUUAGAGAAAGCGCGCGCUUUUCUACGUCUGCACACCGAACGCCUGCUUGAUAGCGCGCCCGGCGACACUCCGCCAAAAGCGGCAAUCUUCAUAUCCGCAGGAUUUGACGCGAGUGAGUGGGAAGGUUCUGGUAUGCAGAGACAUCAAGUGAAUGUACCGACCGAGUUCUAUGCGAAGUUUACCGCGGAUGUUGUGCAGAUGGCUGAGGAAGAAGGGCUAGGAGUAGAUGGGCGUGUCAUCAGCGUCUUGGAAGGGGGCUAUAGUAAUCGAGCAUUGACCAGCGGCGUCCUCAGUCAUCUCGCAGCGCUGGGAGACACAACGACAAUGUCGGCCAUCGUCAACCAUGAGCAGCAGGUCGGUCUGGCUUCCGAAAUGUUUGAUCGCUUGCAUGUAUCGGACAGCGACACUCCAGCUGAAGCACGGCGCAUCCCAUCUGACAUUGGUUAUGAUAGUCAGUGGUGGGCGCCAACAAAACUCGACGAACUGGAGGCGCUUGUCUAUCCACCUCCUUCCACAGCGCCAAAAUCAAAGUCUGCUCGCACCUAUUUUGCACCAACGCAAUCUUUCGCUGCCAAAGUCGUUGCUGCCCCUCGGGAUCGAAAGUCUACUGGCUCACAGGCGGGCUCGGAUGUUGUACCCUUGCCAGAGGUAGGCUGGGCUACGGCGGCACACGAACUAUCCAAAAUCCUUAUUCCCACCCAUCGUCAAACCACAAGUUAUCGUCCGGAAGAACUUAAUGCGGAAGCUUCACGCAUUCGGCGGGAGCGUCAGACCGCUGUGGCUGCUGCCCAGGCCGCCCAGAAGGCAGCGUCAGCAGCUUCAGCGGCACCGGAGGGAAAUCGGAUGCAGCUACGUACGAGAAAGGCCAAGGCUUCACUGCCUAGCAGCCCCAAGGCGGAGACCCCAAAGAAAAAGGUUACGAAGAGCACUCGGAGGACUACUAUCGACCCCGGUGACCUGCCAAGUUCAACUGCUGAUAGCUCGCCUGGCGUCAGGACAACUCGGAGAAAGAGCACAACGCCGAUCGCUUCUAAGCCUUCGGGUACAGCCGAGUCUGGCCGAAUCAAUUCAAGCUCGUUAAACGUCGGGGCAAGCGAAACGCCCGGACAAGCAAGCAUAGCCGUGGGUAGCUGUCCUCCGGAGUCUCCUAGCCGCAGCAGGUCGAGCACUCCAUCACGGUCCGCUGCUCCCAAACGGUCCGAGGGUCCCAAGGUGCCUCCUGUACCGCGCGUGCCGUCUGGUUUUCUCUCAAAGCCAGCCACUGGCGAUGAUCAGAAGAUUAUCUCCGACCAAACACAGGCAGGAAUGACGGAGAAGACGGAUUCCAGACCUGCAGAUUUGGACGAUUUGGCAGCCGGCGUGAAGAAAUUGAGCAUCAAAUUGAAGGUCCCUACCCCUGAAGAACACGCCGCUCGCGAGAAAGAGAGAAGAGCGACAGAGGAACGUCAAAGACGCGCUCCCAGGCCAACAACAUCCAAGACGCCGAGAUCCUCCAAGAAAACCUCAAGCGUCACCGCGACCGCGCAUACUUCGACUGCCAGACGAACUUCUCACCCGUCGCCGAGUUCUAGCAUCUCUCAGAUGCCUUCUGGUCCAAAUAUAGCCAACUCCGACAGGAACAUGAUUCGGAUGAAGCAAGAGAGCCCAGAAAACGCACCAGAUGAGCUUGUUGUCUCGUCUCCUGAUCCGCUGGCUGAAAAUAAAAUGCCGCUCUUGAGCAACGUCACUAUUGAUCGCCCUCGCUGGGAAAGACCCAAGGAUGUGUCAGUAUCUGGUUCUACCUCGACGCAGGAGCCUCCUUCUGGGACAGCAACCCCGUCCUCGUUGGCUUCAGAAUCCCUCCCCGCUCGAUAUACGGUAUACUCACCCCCAACAACCGCGCGUCAGACAAUGAAUGGACUUCCCGUUUUUACGUCCAGCGGACCUAUUCCUUUUGCGGCGGCAAGCACCGUCCUUGGGGGGAAGCAGACUCUGGCCAUGCAGCAGCCAAACCUUUUCAACCACAGUGAUAAUGCAGGGACUGGUCAUCCAGAUCUUAUGCAUGAUCAAAACAAUAAACCCGAACAACCCUGA